AUGAAGCCGUUCCCAUACAGUACGUGGCAUUGGAGCCGAACCAUUAGACCUCUUUCACGGUGUUUACCCGGGACUUGCGUUCUUCAGCAAAGCUCAAGAUUGACCUCAAAACGAUACCUGUACCACUCAACGUCGAGGCAACAACAACAGGGCUUCCUACCCGAAUCCGAACUCGCCCAAUACAGAGACUACUAUCAAGGCCUGAAGGGUGCGAUAAACGAGAUACCUGAACCAGUGGCCUCCAAAUCGCCUUCAUUAAUAACGCUCCACAAGAGAUUACAACUGCCCAAUGAAUUGACCUACUCAACGCUAUCCAGAUGCCUAACGUGCCCCUCCGCAAAGCUGCCCGAUAAGAUUAACGAUCCUUCCAAGGGUGCGGCUUUUAUCAACACUGUGCCCACAAAUAAAUAUUUGGACAACCAUGGUCUGAACAUCAUGGGGAAGAAUUUGUUAUCCUACCAUGUUACCAAAUCCAUCAUCCAGAAGUACCCAAGAUUGCCAACGGUGGUCUUGAAUGCCGCAGUAAACGCUUACAUAUCGGAGAUAGUACUGGCUCAUAUUGCCAAAUACUGGGGUAUAGAAGUGGAAACUACAUCUGUUUUGUCUCGUUAUUUGAAAAUGGAGCCUUUCGAAUUCACCUUAGGGAAGUUGAGAUUCUUCAAUAAUUCGUUGAACUCUAAGGACGGUAUUGAAUUAAUCACUGGAAAGAAUUUCUCGGAGACAAGUGCCCUUGCAAUGAGUGUGAGAAGUAUAAUAGCUGCCAUUUGGGCCGUGACAGAACAGAGAGACUCUCAAGCGGUUUACAAAUUUAUUGAUGACCAUAUAAUGAGCAGAAAAUUAGAUAUCACGAAAAUGUUCCAGUUUGAGCAACCAACAAGGGAACUGGCCAUGCUAUGUCGCAGAGAAGGGCUGGAGAAACCUGUGUCGAAACUAGUCGCUGAGUCUGGUAGACUAUCCAAAUCGCCUGUUUUCAUCGUACAUGUAUUUUCAGGUGAAGAAACUCUGGGUGAAGGUUACGGUUCUUCAUUAAAGGAGGCAAAGGCAAGAGCUGCCACUGAUGCCUUGAUGAAAUGGUACUGUUACGAACCUCUUGCUCAGCAGGAGCCGGUUAUCGACCCUGGCACUGUCGUCGUCUAG